GUGUUUCGGGUAUUUAGUUCGUUAUCAUCAAGAUGGAAUUGACUUCACUUUUGAGGCUCCAUGUGAAACUCCCCGGGCCGCACCAGGAGUUCGACGAAAGUCUACAAUGGUUUACGCAGACGUCACACGCUCCUCUUCGGGUCGACAACUCAACACAUGCACUCUCGAGCUCAUUGGCCGCUGCUGCCGGCGCUUACAAACGCCGUCAUCGCACGAAACCCGGAACCUGCGUACCUGUAGUGCCUUUCGAUCAGCUGCCCAAUGUAGGCCCAAUAUCCCACGAGAACCCCUUCCGGUGCCCAGUAUGUGGUAUGGAUUUCUUUGACAAGACUCGCUUCAGGAGCCAUUACAUGGUUCACACUGGAGAGCAACCAUACGCGUGUCAUCUUUGCCCCUUCAAGGCGAGACAGUCUUGUAACCUCAAGCGGCACGUCAGAGAAAAACAUGAACUCUACUCCUUGUAGCUGUUCCUCACUCUAGAUAGUCGUUUAAAUAUAUAGGAAUGAAUUUAAGACAGCGAAUGUUGAGUUGCAUUCUCAAGUUUUGGUCGUAAUUUCAGUGUUUUAUUAGACAUUUGUUAACUUUCUAUUGUAUCGAUAUGUAGCCUGCCACUUGUUUGUGUUGAAUGUAAAUAACUUGAUUGCGAUCCAGAGUAAUUUUUAAGGACUGGAAAGUUUUUAAUGUACGUAUAUCUAUCGAUACUAAUCACAAAUUGUAUUAGGGGUAAAAGUUUGGAUGUGUUUUCAACAAGUUAUUCAAAAUAGCAGCGUUAUAGGCAGAGAUUAUCAAACCAGUGAAGAACACCAUGACUUGAUUGUACAUUUUAUUUGCGAGUUUCGAUUCUUAUCCUGCACCUCUUAGUUGUUGAAAGUAAGUUUCCAAGGUUACUUACGCUACGAAAUUGAACAAUAUUUUGUAACUAUAGGUAUUACUUCUAUAGGCUGUUUCUUCUGUUAAGAUGCCUGGAAAUCUUGAAAAAUUUCGCUUUGUGCCUUAUUCACACAUAAAUAAGUGUUUUUAGAAUAGAAUUCUGGUGAAAUAGUAUCAGAUGCACUAAGAAAAUAGUUUCAGGUCUUGGAUGAACUAUCUAUGCCUCUUUUCGAAGUUUCUUAUAUUCUCAUUUUGUCCUCAUUUUUUUAUUUCUUAUGUGUUUACGAUUAGGCCUAAAUUUAAGUAGUUUGUGCUAAACUUGUAUGAAAUUUAGUUUUUAGCCUUUAUGUAAUUAUUAACGUGACGAAUGCGAUGAUUUACGGUACCAUGUGAGUGAACUUCAGUUAUUGUC